AUGGCUCCCGGGAGCGUGGCCUCCAGCGACUCCUUGACCUCCUCAGCCUCCCUAACCUCCACAAGCUCCACAUCCGGGUGGUCUGGGAUUGGAAAGCCAGGCCCGAGCUCUAGCAUUGUGAGAGUGCCGCGCCGCCACCCACCUGUGCUGCGUAUGGUCCUGGAAGCACUGCAGGCAGGGGAGCAGCGCCGGGGCACCUCGGUGGUGGCCAUCAAGGUUUACAUCCUGCAGAAGUACCCUACAGUAGAUGCCAUCCGGCUCAAGUACCUGCUGAAGCGGGCCCUGAACACUGGCAUGCAACGUGGCCUCCUCGCCAGGCCCACCAACUCCAAGGCCAAGGGGGCCACUGGCAGCUUCAAAUUAGUUCCCAAGCCCAGAAAAAAAGUCAAGCCCAGGAAGAAGUCUACCAUGUCAGCCCCCAGGAGACCUGCCGAGGCCAAGGAGGAGGCCCCCAAGAAAGGUGGCCAGACCAAGGACGGAGAGGCAAGAGUGGGAAAGGCCAGGAAGGUCCCCCAAGAGCCAGACAAGGCCACGAAGGGCCCUCGUGGUCCCAUCAGGCCCCGUGGGAAGUCAAAGGUUAAAGGCAGAAAGAACAGCCCAGCAGACGACAAGGCCCACAGGAAAACCAAAGCUGGAACUCAGAGUUCAAAAGCCACGGUCGCCAAGGGCGAGAACGGUGCGGUUUUCCCAGCCAAAAAGAUGACUGGGAGCACAGUCCCUAAAGAGGCCGCUGCCCAGGGGGCCGGGCAACGGCCAAAAGCCAAGGGUGCUGCUGCUCCUCCUAAGGACGGUGUGUCCAAGACGGUAACUGCACCACCAGCCAGAAAGACAGAAGUCCCCAAGGGCCCAGGAAGACCUGGUGUGCCCGCCAAGGCCUUGUCAUCCAAUGGGACCAGUAAGAAGAUAGAAGCUAAGAGCUAG